CCCUGGCCGCCCCUUUCCUCCGGAGGGUUGGGACAGCCAUGGCGGCUCCAGCGGCGCUGCAGAGGAGCGUGGUGGCCCCCGCGGGGAGACACACGGCUUCCGUCAUCUUCCUCCACGGCUCAGGUGGAUGAGUCCGACCGCAGAGCGGAAAGCAGGGGGCGCCACCGCGGAAGCCUCCCCAAGCUUCGCCAAUAAGGGAGUGGGCUGGUUGCGGUGCCAUUUCACAGCAAAGGCGCACAGAAAGGGGCGUAGGGAGAAGAGAGUUGGGUGUUUUCUAUAUACAGUACUGUCUUUUGCUCCUUUGUGCAAGGAAUCAUGGAGUUGUAGAGUUUGGAGGGGUCCCCCCGAGAGUCAUCUAGUCCAACCCUCAAAAAGGAAUCUCAAAAAGCAUCCAUGGCAGAUGGCCAUCCAAUCUUUGCUUAAAAACCUCCUGCCAGGUUCCAAGGGAGUGUCCACAGCUCUUCCUUGGAAAGAAAGGUUUCAGAAGUUCAAUCCAGCCUGAAAGGUGGUCUCAAUCCUGGACGAAUUGGCAGAGAUGGGGAUGCCCUCGGGUGGCACAUUGCUGGAUGAAAGUUGUGCCUAUGGUCAACGUUGCAGCAUGAAUUCAAAGCACAUCCGGUGCACAUUUAAAGCACGUGACUUCCCCCAGGGGAUCCUGGGGAUGGCCAUUUCCCCCUCACAGCUAAAACUCCCAGCACCCUAAGCAAGCUAGGGUUCCCAUGGUUCUUUGGGGGAAAUCGCAUGCUUUAAAUGAGCAUUGGAUGUGCUUCAAGUGCAUGGUGUAGAGCAUUACAUGUCAUUUUACAUCUGGGUGGUGAUCUUUUAAACUAGGGCUUGGGAAAUUGGCCAUUCUAGUGUUACCGGAAUCAGUCACCCAUCAGUCCCAGCCAGCAUAGCCAAUAUCCAGGAAUGACAGGAGCUGUAAUCCCAGCAGGAGGUGCAGGGCACCAGGUUCCCCAUUCUUUGUCUAUUGGCUUGUUUGUUUACAGAGAGAUUGGACAACAUUUUCCUGUGACUUCCUUAUUGCAAAACUAAAGCUAAAAACAAUAGUUCCAUUGGGGAAGCAGGUUUGUUGCUCAAGAGCUACAAAUCGCCUUUAAUUGCACAGCCGGAAUUAGACAGUAUAUAAUUGAAUCCCACCCGAAAUUAGUGACGAUCUGGAAGCGCACUUAGGGGGACAGGUCCGAUUGACAUUCUUCCUGUGGACUGGUAUCUCGCUCCACGGUGAUAUCUACUUCCUACCUACAACAGUACCAAAAGCAGUUGCACCUUAGAAGUUGCGUGCCUUCUGCAUUUCCAUUGCCUUUCAGUUUGCACUGAUUUUUAAGCUGAUUUUGGGGACGGACAGUAUGUGUGGACAGCACGUGCUCCACCUCAGAGUACUUUAGCGCCUGUGAAACUUUCAUCACCUUAGGGCUACCUUGUUUACCUGACCACAGGCAUGCUGAGAUUGUUAUUCCUCGGCAGGUGCUAUCCUCUUCCAGCCCUUUCAUUUGUAGUGUUUGCGUAGGUGGACUAGAUCAAAGGCUUUUAGAUGUGGUUUUAAAUAAACUUUUUUUUUUUACACAAAAAAAAGUGUGAAAGGGGUUAUAGCACUCUAAAGUUGUUUAAAAUGUUUUUACUACCUGAGUGUAAACUUGUGUUUAUAAGGGAUCGUUUUUCAUGGAAAUCGGGGGGGGGGGGGGCUGUAGUUGCGAGUACGAGGCCCAGAGACAACAUCUGUUCCUCAAGUGAAAAUUUAUUCAGAGUAUGAACUCUUGAGUCCCUUGUCUCAUACCCCCUUGCUGUGUAGAUUUCAGGAUGUUGCAGCUGAGGGGGAAAGAGGACCAAAGGAUGGGAUGGCACAGUAUCAGGCCAUGAGUCACUGCCAGAAGCAUUAUACCUCUGAAUGCCAAUUUCUGGAAAUCCCAAGUUAGGAAGACAGUGUUGUGUUCAGGUCCUGCCUGUCUGCUUCGCAUUGGUAUCAGGUUGGCCGCUGUGGAAGCAGAAGACCAACAAUAUUUGGAGGGCCAUGAAGGGUAGGCAAGGCUCUUACCCUGAACGUGCAACAACCAUAAAGAUUUGGUGCGCACCUUGGAAACUCCCAUUAAUAUAUCUUGAACACUGGCCUGGGGGAAUUUCAUAAUCUAUUGUUAAAUGAUAAGUUGGGAAAUGAAGCUGCAUGCUGGAUGACUCAGAAACUAUGGACUCUAUACCAAAGGAGGCAAUGAUGGCCAACCACUUGGAUGGUCAAUGAUCUGCAGUGGGCUAGGAACAAAGGUGAAAGCUGUUUCCUAGUUCUGCUGGAUCUCUCAGUGGCCUUUGAUACCAUCAACCAUAACAUCCUUCUGGACUGUCUACAGGGGUUGGGAGCUGGGGGCACUGCCAUACAGUUGUUCCGCUCCUUUCUCCUGGUCCGUGUCCAGAAAGUGGUGUUGGAAGAUGAGUGUUCAGACCCCUGGGCUCUCACUUGUGGGGUGCCUCAGGGUUCCGUCCUCUCCCCCAUGCUUUUCAACAUCUACAUGCAUCCGCUGGGAGAGAUCAUCAGGGGGUUUGGGCUGGGUGUUCAACAAUAUGUGGAUGAUACCCAGCUCUACCUCUCUUUUAAAUCAGAACCAGUGAGGACAGUGAAGGUCCUGUAUGAGUGUCUGGAGACGGUUGGAGGAUGGAUGGCAUCUAACAGACUGAGGUUGAAUCCUGACAAGACAGAAGUACUGUUCUUGGGGGACGGGGGGCAGGCUGGUGUGGAGGACUCCCUGGUCCUGAAUGGGCUAACUGCCCCUGAAGGACCAGGUGCACAGCCUGGGAAUCAUUUUGGACUCACAGCUGUCCAUGGAGGUGAAGGUCAGUUCUGUGUCCAGGGCAGCUGUUUACCAGCUCCAUCUGGUACACAGCCUGUGGACUGCCUCGCCAGUGGACUGCCUCUCCCGCUUGGACUGUGGACUGCCUCUCCCGCUUGGACUACUGCAAUGCUCCCUGCGUUGGGCUACUUUUGAAGGUGACUCGGAAACUGCAAUUAAUCCAGAAUGCGGCAGCUAGACUGGUGACUGGGAGUGGCCGCCAAUACCAUAUAGCACUGGUCCUGAAACACCUACAUUGGCUCCCAGUACGUUUCUAAGCACAAUUCAGAGUGUUGCUGCUGACCUUUAAAGCCCUAAACGGCCUCGGUCCUGUAUACCUGGAGGAGCGUCUUCACCCCAUCAUUCAGCCCAGACACUGAGGUCCAGCUCUGAGUGCCUUCUGGCUGUUCCCUCACUGCGAGAAGUGAGGUUACAGGGAACCAGGCAGAGGGCCUUCUUGAUGGUGGCACCCGCCCUGUGGAACACUCUCCCAUCAGAUGUCAAUAAGCAACUAUCUUACUUUUAGAAGACCUCUGAAGGCAGUCCUGUUUAGGGAAGCCUUUAAUGUGCUGUAUUGUGUUUUUAAUAUUCGCUUGGGAGCUGCCCAGAGUGGCUGGGGAAACCCAGCCAGAUGGGCGGGGUAUAAAUAAUAAUAAUAAUAAUAAUAAUAAUAAUAAUUAUUAGAUGGCUUCAGAAGAAGAUUGGACAGAUUCAUGGAGGAGGAGAGAGCUGUCAGUGGGUACUAGCCAUGAUGGCUGUGCUCUGCUUCCAUAGAUAGAAGCAGUCAUGCUGAUUACCAGUUGCUGGAAUCUUUUGGAGGGGAGACUGCUCUUGUGCCUGGGUCCCGCUUGCCCGUUUCCCACAAGCAUCUAAUAAAAAAAAUAUCAUUAUCUGGCUUGCCCCUGUGAGAGAAGGAUUCAGUGGGAGUAGAUGGUCCAUUGGCCUUACCUGGCAGGCUCCUCUUGUUAUGAAACAUUCUGACGAGAAGUUCAAAUACACAAACUUGUUAAGCUUUCUGGCUUGCCGUCCUUUCCCUUACAAUAUUUUUCUCCAAUAUACUCAUACAGUGGUGCCCCGCAAGACGAAUGCCUCGCAAGACGAAAAACUCGCUAGACGAAAGGGUUUUGCGUUUUUUGAGUCGUUCCGCAAGACGAAUUUCCCUAUGGGCUUGCUUCGCAAGACGAAACGUCUUGCGAGUUCCUGCGAGUUUAUUUCCUUUUUCUUAAAGCCGCUAAGCCGUUAAUAGCCGCUAAGCCGCUAAUAGCCGCUAAGCCGCUAAGCCGCUAAUAGCCGUGCUUCGCAAGACGAAAAAACCGCAAGACGAAGAGACUCGCGGAACGGAUUAAUUUCGUCUUGCGAGGCACCACUGUAGUUUAUAAUUGUUAUUCAUAAAAGAGGAGCUUUGGUUUCACCAAUUGGCAAAACUGGGAGACAAAAGUCAUCCAGCUAUCACAAAACCACAUGUGCUCACCUGGGAAUCUGUUUGGGGUAAUUUUUGGACAAUGUGACCCUGGCUUAUUUCCGUGGUUUGUUAACUGACGUUAAGGCAGCGUUCCCUGCUUCAGUUAUCUGGCUUAAUACAAGCCAGGAUCUUCGCACAAAAACUGAUCUAUAACAGGAGAAUGGGAAGGGCCCUGGGGGAGGAGUCUCGGCUCCAUAGCAUACGGAGCCUGGAAUGAUCACCUGAACUUGGUCACUGAGUGGUUAGUUAUCCUGAAAUCCAAUAAGGCUGAGCACCUUUGUCCAGAUGACGUUCUGUUUUUCUCUUGGAUAAUGCAAUUCUAUAUUUGUGUAUUACGAAGAACAAGGCCUGGCCUUUGGCAUUGUGUAGAUAUCUAAAGUAGCCUUUAUCUUUCUGUAUUACUUAGGUGAUACCGGCCAAGGAUUAAGAGACUGGAUCAAAGGGGUUUUGAGUCACGAUUUGUCUUUCCAGCAUAUAAAAGUCAUUUAUCCAACAGCUCCUGCCAGGUAUUUCUUUAAUGCAUUUUCAUACUAGCCUUCCUUUAUUGCCUUCUUUAAAAACAGUUUGUUAUUAAAGUUGUAACUAAUUGACAUAAAGGUUUGCAGAUAUGUCCUAAGUUGAAUUCGCAAAACUACUUUUCUCCAGAUAUGUUGUGACAUUCGCAUUUACCCCCAGUGUGAUGGCAAGUUGUAAGUAAGAUGUAUAAUGUGUUUAUUUGAUGACAGAGGUAGGCUUUGACUUCUGAUAUAUAACCACUUAAAGGAGGAGGGCAGAACACUCCACCUCUGCUCUUCAGUAUGUACUGGGUUUCUCAAUUAAUUAUCCCUCGGUAUGAAUAGCAAUACAGGUUCCCUAGUUGAUUGAUAAAUCCAGCAUCCUCCAUCUGAAAAAAAACACCAUAGUGCCAAAGCCUCCAGUGAGCAUAUAUGCAAGUGCUUUCUGAAGUGGAACAAUAAAGCUUUUUAUUCUUUAAAAAAAAUAAAAUUAGAACAAUUAUUUCAGGAUUUUGCAGUACAUGUAAUUGUGACUCCCCCCCCCACAUGUGCACAUGUGUAUACUACCCCCUAGAAAAGAAUAAAAAAUAAUACUUUCUAUAUUUGUUUUUAAAUAAAUGGCUCUUGUUAGGAUCUUUGGCUUUAGCACUCUCGCAAAUUGUCAACCCCAUUCACAUUUCCUGAGUUACCUGCAGUGAGUCUGAUGUCACUGUUUCCCAGAGAUCAGAGGAAGCCUUUCUAAAGCCAUUGUCCGUCCUUCCUUCCUUCCUUCCUUCCUUCAUCUCUCUCUCUCUCUUUAUUUUUGGGCUCUAAUGUACUGCUGCUGUUGAGACCUUUAUUAAUGAUGCUGAGGAAGGCAAGUCCAAUCAGGGUGAAUGGCAGAAAUAGCUAAUGCAGCAUAACACUCUGUGCGGUGCUUAGUUGGCUCUCGAAAUCUGUUUCUUUGACUCACUAAUUAAUUAAUCUGAAUUACUAGAAUUAACCUGAUUCCAUCUCCCUGGUGCCAGCAGGCCAGCUGUGCAACCCUAAGAUUUGUUGUGCCACUAAGUCAAUGAUUAGCAUAUAGAGCAUGCCAAUUGCAGCACAGGCAUCAAUUUGUGGGUGGGAAUAUUUUAGGUUUUGUGAUGCCAUGUUGCCAGGUCUGUGUGAAAAGUAGGCAGAGCCUUCUUUUUUCUUCUUUUUCUAAGCAAUGCAACCACAGCUCACUUUCAGCGACAAGGCCAGCAUGGCAGAGUUUGCCUGGAAAACUCAUCAACCAAUGUGAUAAACAUCUGUGGGGAAUACUUUAAGUAUAGGCUGUCUUCCCACAGUCAGAAUUUGGUGUAAAUCUGUGAUUCCCAAACUGUGCUAUGACAGGCAUACUUUUGUGCUGCAACAGGAACUAUAAGGUGCCUUGAAACAUUAACGGAGAGUCUUGUGGCCCCUUAAGGACUAACAGAUUGAAAAUUGCAUAUGCUUUUACGGACUACAGUCUGCUUCAUCAGAUGCAUGACAUGUUACCCUCGUGUGUGUGUGUGAGAGAGAGAUGUUAUACACACAUAAGACCCUGCUGAACCAGGCCAGCAGCCCGUCUAGUUCUCACAAUGGCCAAUCAGAUCCCACAGAGACCACCAAGAGGCCAGCCACACACACACACAAACCAUAGUGUAAAUGGGAGUGUAAAUAUUGGCAUCAGAAGGAAAGGAAGAGAAAUCCAGCUGUUAAUAAUAAUAAUAAUAAUAAUAAUAUUUAUGCCCCACCCAUCUGUCUGGGUUUCCCCAGCCACUCUGGGCGGCUCCCAACAGAAGACUAAAAACAGAAUAAAACUUCAAACAUUGAAAACUUCCCUAAACAGGGCCGCCUUCAGAUGUCUUCUGAAAGUCCAGUAGUUUUUUUCCUCUUUGACAUCGGGUGGUAGGGCGUUCCACAGGGCGGGUGCCACUACUGAGAAGGCCCUCUGCCUGGUUCCCUGUAACUUGGCUUCUCGCAGCAAGCGAACUGCCAGAAGGCCCUUGGAGCUGGACCUCAGUGUCCGGGCUGAACAAUGGAGGUGGAGACAUACUGGACCAAGGCCGUUUAGGGCUUUAAAGGUCAGCACCAACACUUUGAAUUGUGCUCGGAAACAUACUGGGGAGCCAAUGUAGGUCUUUCAAGACCGGUGUUAUAUGGUCUCAUUCACAAAAAGGCCGGCACUUGGUAACACAGGGAUUCUAGCAUGGGUAAGCCAAUUAACACAUGUAUUGUGUCCAUUGUGCUGAUUUAGGCCACAAGUGAUAGCAUUGAAGGAGCCACAAGAUUCGUGGGAUGGAGAAUCACACUUUUCCAUUCCUUCCUUCCAUGCAAGCAAUCCAGUCGGAACAACCUCUCCCCGCCCAUGCACUGUUCUCAGGGUUCUGCUGUUGCUGGGUCCAAAAGCCUCCAAGGACGUAGUGUGUUAGCCAGUGUUUACAUCUGACAUGAGGAAAUGUGCCCCUCUCCCCCCAUUAUCCCUGAUCCACCCCUGGGAUUGCUGGCUGCGGCUGAUGGGAAUUGAUAGUCGAUAACAACUUAAAGGGGAGCCUUCCCUCCCUCUGGUUUGCAUGCAGGAGGUGAAUUUAAGGGAUGUGUUUUUCGAAAGCAGAGUUCUAGAAGGUUCAUAGUUGUGGCCAAACGAUACUUUUGCAAACGCUGGCAAACUUACCGGCUGGGAAUUACGGUUUGCAUUUGCAUGAGUCAUUGAAUUAAGGGAGAUGUAGAAAUAACAACUGCAUCAACUUUCAGUGGUUAAAUAUAACUUCUAGCGUAAUCAAAGACAUGCUUACUCAGAAGCAAGCCCCACUAUGUUUAGUGAGGCUUUUUUGCAGGUAAAACUGCGUAAGAUUGCAAUCUUAAUCUUUUUUGUCUUUUCAGUCAUUGUGAGUAAAUGUGCUGUAACUGAAGUCGGGGCUUUAAAAAACACCAUGCACUGCCACGUCUGUCCAAGUGGUUUUUAAAAGCAAGCGGGGCAGACAUAGCUGCAAAUUUAUGUUUCAGCUGCUGGAAGUGUGACUUAAGCAUUUUGUUUUCUUUUGAAUGUCUAAAUUUGAACAGAAUACUGCUCCUUUUUUUGCUGUUGCCUUUCUGUUCAAUAGAAAGUGAUAGUUUAAAUUGGCAUUGUAGCAGCUAACGUGGUCAAGUUAAAAUUAUGUCGUCUCCACUUUUUUGAAAUAACUAUUCCAUACCUUUUUAUGUUUCCCUUCGGCAAAUCUAGGUCAAAGAAUCUUUGCGUUAUGUAGCAUUUCCUUCUUGAAAUUCUUCCUGCUGCAAAUCCAGAGUUAACCUAUCAGUAAACAGAGACACCCUGCAUGUGCUGUUUUCAAUAGCCAACAGAUAAGUUAUGUGCUUUUUAGGAUACAUUUUGCAAAGAAUUUUGAUCUCUUUUCAUUUGAGUAAAUAUUUGUGGAGCCCUGGAAAAUGGCAUUGCAGAGUAGUGUGGACUUUCCCCCUCCCCUGAGAUUACAAAGCAAUGCGGACUCCCACCCACCCCACCUUGAGCUUUUCAUAGGAGGUCCCUCGCUCCUUCUCUAGCCACGGUACAGAAUCUAUUAUUAUUAUUAUUAUUAUUAUUAUUAUUAAUGCCCCACCCAUCUGUCUGGGUUUCCCCAGCCACUCUGGGCAGCUCCCAACAGAAGACUAAAAACAGAAUAAAACUUCAAACAUUGAAAACUUCCCUAAACAGGGCUGCCUUCAGAUGUUUUCUAAAAGUCAGAUAGUUGUGGGAGGGCAUUCCACAGGGCGGGUGCCACCACUGAGAAGGCCCUCUGCCUGGUACCCUGUAACCACUUCUCACAUUGAAGGAACCAGAAAAAGACCCUUGGCGCUGGACCUCAGUGUCCGGACUGAACAAUGGACUUGGAGACAGUCCUUCAGGUAUACUGGGCCGAGGCCAUUUAGGGCUUUAAAGGUCAGCACCAACACUAGUUAGUUUGGCCCUGUUUCAAGUAUAUUGGCAGCUACUUGAUCCACAGUAGCUUUUUAAAAAUCAUAACUGGGCUGAAUCAGUAAAAUUGUGUCGGCAAGAUUCCACAGCAUAGUACCCACUCAGAUUCUCAAGCAAAUAUUUCAUUAAUUCCCAUCUCUGUUCACCAACCUCAACCAACACAGUCUGGUCUGAAUUGAGAUCUUUAUAGAUGUCUACAAGGGAGCCAGGGGUUCCUGUACUUUGGUUCUGUUUUGUGGUGCCAUCAAUGAAUCACAGGAGAAGUUCAAGUCUCUUUGCAUUUCUUUUCUACUGGAUCUAUUUGCUUUUGGCAAAUGGAUGGUUUUUUAGGCAGGCAGUGUUAGAGAGUUCACUUAUAGGAGUUGUAGUCAAACACUUGGAGGGCUAUGGGUUCUCAGUCAAUUGAGGCAAAACCUAAGCCCUGUUGGGCCCAGUUGUGCAAGAUUUCACUAGAGAUUUUAGAACUCUAUAUUGUGGGGACCUUACAAUUUGUCUCCUUAUUCAGAAUUGUGUUAUUUCUUGUCACAACCCAAGAAGCAAGAACUAUUUUCCUUGGUGUCUCUUUUGGAGGCUCCAUUCGUUUAUGAUUGUAUUCAGUACUUUUAUAACUGCAAGAUCAAGUGAUGACUUACAUGUGUGAAUGGACCAUACAGAGAGAAAAACCCAACAGCCGAUCAUCCAGGUAUACGGAAAUCAAGUAGAGUGAAAAAAGAGCCGUGUUUACACCGAUGUGUAAAUCAGUUCUUCCAGGAGGAAGCUAGUAAAACUAGCGCCAGGUGUACCUGAAUUCUUUCUCUUUGUCUUAGACAUUGUAGUUUUUGCUUCUGGAGGAUAUGCAGUAAAAAGAUUAAAAUGAUUGUAGUUGCACCAAGAUUCCCCAAGUGCAAGUACUGAGUCCUCCCUCCUCUCCUGGAGUCUUUUAGUUGCCCUUGGUUCAGGCAUUCACAGUGUAAUAUUCGGUGGAUUGCUAGCUUUUAAUAUUAUAGAUAUGUUUAUUGAAAAGUUUGGAUGCCUAGAUAGUCCCUGAGGAAUUUUGGAUUGCCAGCUUUAUCCCUGCAUAAAUAUAAACCUGAAAUGCAUUCUAGCUUAUACUUUAAAACCAAUCCGUUAAGUCUUGCAUCCUAAAUUUUCUGAAAGUUUGGAGCCAAAGAAGUGAUACAGGGGCAGGUUUAAAGUAUAUGGCUGUUUCUAGUAGAGGAAGACUUCUUUUUUGUCUUAGAAAUUAUUGUAAUCCUUUUUAAUGAUGUUUUGAGGUUUUGAAGUCGGCUUGGCUUUAUAGCAUAUGGACAUGGAAACUGGAAAACCUUACUGCAAAGCCUUAGGCGCAGAUUCAGGAAAGUAAUUAAGCAUAUGCAUCCAUCUUUGAUGGGUGAAGAACUAAAAUGGAUGAGAUCUUGGGCCAAGUGGUUAAAUCAACUCGCGUUGAAAUCGGGGACACUUUAAACAUUGUGUAACUUUGGUUGGGUUCUGCCCAGGGCUGAUGGAAGCAGGAGAAAUUUCAGCAGACGGCAUUUAUUACAAUGAAGAAGCAGAGCUGACAUUUUUAGAUUGUUAUUUUUGCAUGUGCACAUACAUUAAUCUGCUCUUCAGAGUGGUAGUGGAAAACGUUGGCAUCGGUGCUGAUGGCAAACGCUUCUUUUGCCAAUGGGAUGAGAGCCAAGAGACGUCAGGAGCUAGUACCAGCAGAUUAAUCCACACAAAGAGGGACGUCAAGAAAAGAAAAGAAACCUCUUUGUUCUGUUGUUGAAGGAAUGGCAUCUUUACUAUAGCCACGUCUACCCAGAUUUAGCACACACAGUUUGCAAGAAAAGGCUCUGCUGGCUGCUUCUUUUAAAAAAAAUAAUAAAAAGGUGCAGUGUUUGCUUCUCUGUACCAUCUGACAGCCUAAUUGCCCAUUAAAAUUAGGCUUCAGAUCCACACUGUAUCGUCCCUUACCUGACAAAUCUUUUAUUUUGCUGCUAAACUGGAUUGAUGGUCCUGGAACUAGGCUGGUUUCCAGAGCUUCUUGGAAGGAGUGAGCUACAAAUUCUUCUUUCUGUUACACUUAAAAAAAAAAAAAAAAGAUGAGAAGGGGACAGCACCCCCUGUUUAAGCACAUGCAUUCUGAACUAAACCUUCUCUUGCAUUCUGAUUUAGAAGAGCAGAUCAUAUGCAAAAGGGUCAGGCAGGGUACCAUUAGCGUUAAUGGAGGCAAAGGAUGCAGACUUUUGGAGGAAUGGCUGCACAUGUUAAAAAGAACAGGGGAGCUCUAUAUGAAAAGGGGAGUUCCAUAUGUGCAUUGUGGUAACUAUGAGCCAGUUGCGUUGGGUUAAUGAAGAUCAAAUCACACACAGUGGUGACAGGUCUUGGGUUAAAGUAUUUAUAAGCCACCUUUAACACAGGUUCCAUGCAUUUAACAUGGAAUAGUUUCAGUCGCAUGGAAAUAUGGGGAUGGAAAGUUUGUAAACCGCCUCCUUUAGUGGGAAGUUGCACUGCAAUUUCAAACCAAAGCCGUACCUGCAAGCUGUUACAAACCCCAUGGUCAACAAGUAUAAAUUCUGGUACAUCUGCAGUUCCUAAAUCAGGCCACCAGUUGUCAUUAAGGAGGAACCACAUUUACAGGUGCCAUUCAAGUCAUCUAUUGAAAAUGUUAAUCCAAAGGGAUGCAGUCCCAUAUAGGAAUGGGCCAAUAUGCACCAUGUAGGGAGCAACCAAGGAAAUAAUGAACAUGCACUGAAAAGUUGUAUUUAUUAUUCAUUAGAAUUUUUAUAUGCCACCUUUAAAGCAGAUGUUGCCAAUGGGAGCAUACAACAGAGUAAUUUGAGGGGGGGUUUUCUUUUUCCAUAAGAUUUUAUUGGAAGCUUUUUCACGAUAUAAUAAGAUAAAAUAAACUUAUCUAAAUAAAAACAGAGAAAGAGAAAAGAAAACACAGAGUCCUCUCUCAAAGGGAUUUCUUGACUCUCGUCUCACACAGAAAGUGGUAGACCCUCCCAGCUCUCACCUGGGAGCUUUCCUUCUCCCAAGUCUCUCAACCUGGGAGGUCUUCCCUUCCCUGUCUCUCACUCAGGAUCCUUCCAUCCAUUCACCACCUUCAUGUGCUGGUGUAAUCCUUGGACCCCCAAGGAUACAACAUGGCAAUUUGAUAUAAUCUAUGAAAACACAUUACAGUUUUGCUAUAAGCAGAAAGACAUGGUACACUUGGGGCUCUUUUUAAUCUCCUAGUUCUAAACUGAGAGAAUCGCAGAUAUCUAGUCUCCAAAGCAACCCAACAAUUCAAUAUGGUGGUGCUGUUGGUUGGUUGAUUUUAUACACUGGUCUUAAUGGUAUCACACACAGACAUACACAGCUCCACAUAUCGUAUAUCUUAAUACCAGGGCUGUCUGUGGUCCAGAUUACUGGAAGGGUUUAAAAAGCCAAAUAAAGAAUUUCUGUCGUAUGUUUUACAUUCAAAGUAAAUAUGGUCUUGUUCACCUUGUGGAAAUUUUCAUUAGGAAUGUGAUACAAACAACAAACUAAAUCCACCUGCUGUAGUCAUAGCUGUAAAGAGAACCUGAAGCCCAAUCUGGUCUGUGGCUCCAUCCAUUGGUCCAAGUUCUUGGUGUUAAGUAAAGCUUACUAUUCUACCCUAAAUCUCAGGCUUUCCCCUUGACUGCCUUUUUCACUCUGUAAGAUCGGAUGAGUUGUAACAACAAACCAAUCUAGGUACAAUUGCUUGGGGCAAUGGACUUCUUCUCUUACGCAGGCAUCCCUUCUUGACAUACAUUCCCUCCAAAUUACUAAGACAGCCACCCGUAAUUUGAGCCUUACCUGGGUGGCUGAGUGACAGCCAUCCAUCACCACCCCCACCCUGGCGCACAUGGAGAGGCCCUAGGGCGUAGCAUGGCUUCCUGAUUUCCAUGGCUAUAUAUUACAGUUUUCUUCUUACACCUUUUUCAUCGACUUUUCUUCCAGACCAUAUACACCGAUGAGAGGGUCCUUGUCCAACGUGUGGCAUGACAGAUAUAAGAUCUCUAAUGAUUGCCCGGAACAUAUUGAAACCAUUGACUCAAUGUGUCAAGCACUUACGAGUUUGAUUGAUGAUGAAGUUAAAAGCGGCAUUGGAAAGAACAGGAUACUCUUGGGUAAGAUUUAGAAAGAAGAAAAUAUUUGACAUUUGUAAGAGAGCUCAUCCUGUGAGUGGAGCCAAACCGGGGAAUGUGGUGAGUGGUUAUAGAGGCUUUGAGCAGCCAAGGAAUCCCUGAAUGCUUAGGUAGGGGUUGUGCUAAUGUCUUUUCGGUGCUAUCUUCAGCCAUUAUAGUUGGAAGCAAGUUCUGUUUCACCAGAGUUCGUAACAUGGAGGUUCUGUUGCAAAGAGGAGACCCAUCAUCUGCUUCAUUUGAGAUGGGUCUUUUGAAGAAAAUGGGGCAGGCAUAUGCUCUCUCUCUCUUGACACCACCUGACAUAGGUUUUCUUUGCAUCCCAGUUGGGAUAAGAAGCAGAGCAGUAGUUGGAACAGAUUCCAUCUUAUUAUCUGAAAAUGGGAAGUUCUGCUGUGCAGAACUCUGUUGAAAGAGCUAGCAACUGCACAAGAAUAACGCUAAUUUAUUUGGAAAGCACUCCAGGUUUUCCAGGCACAGUACAUAAGUUAAGAUUAAGAAAACAAUGCCGCCCCUGACUGAAGGCUUAACCUCCUAAUAGACAUAAUAAAAAAAGGGGAUAGGGAGGAAUGAGAUUCAACUGGAUGGCCCAAUUGCAAGGAGCAAGCUGGUGCCCAUGUGUUGGGUUUUCUUUGCUGCAUGCAACACCACACUUGUGGGAGGAAUGAGAUGCUGUGCCUGGGAGGCGGUAGAAGCACUGCUUCUGUUUCAGAGGAAUUGUGGCAAUGCAAGCCAGAAAUAGGUGAAAAGGCCUAAGUAAACACGCUGACUUUUUGUGGCUACCAAAGUUUAAUUGUGUGAUGGAAUGGCCACUGAGCAAAUUACCUCUGGGAAAAGAGGAGCUAAAUGGCCGUUUUUCCCCACACAGCAGGUGGAGAGGGCAGUGCUAGCUGCCUUCUCCCAUUCCUGCAUCAUGGUCAUCCCCUUCCACAGCUUUCAGUCAGUUUUGACGAGACUUGAGCAGGGCAACAUCCUUGUGGAUUGAGGCCAAUGUCGUCUAUCUCUUACACAGACUCUAUGGCUGCUCAAAUGCCUUCUAGACGAGGCUCAGAAAACACGUGAGAAAUUUGCACAAGAACCUAUUUUUGUGGAAAUACGUUUUACUUAGAAACUAUUGUUGCUCCUUAAUUAUUAUUAAAUUAUCCAGGAUCCCACCCCACCCCCCGAACUGGAUCCAGCACCAAAGCAAUUUGGGGAGGGGGUGGGCAGGACUAAUGUUUAGCUAGGUUUUAAUUAAAGACUGUGUCUUCUUCCCCCAUGAACCGAGAACAGGGGGCUCAAUCUUAGGGGUUACGCUUUGAGAGGAAGCUGCUUGUGAAGUAUUCAUUUAGACCAGGGCUUCCCAAACUUGGGUCUCCAGCUGUUUUUGGACUACAGUUCCCAUCAUCCCUGACCACUGGUCCUGCUAGCUAGGGAUGAUGGGAAUUGUAGUCCAAAACCAGCUGGAGACCCAAGUUUGGGAAACUCUGAUUUUGACCCUGCAGCCUAAACCAGGCUUCAAUUCACUAUUGUAGGGAUUUUUUAAAAAAGAGAUGAUAAUUUUUCCCCUUCAUUUAUGAAUCGCUUCUUAUGAAGCAUCUUGAAGCAAUGUCACAAUACAAUAACAAAAAUGCAAAUAUAAAAACUAUUUUGAAUCCCGUACGCUAGUGACUGGGGGGGUCACAAAAACUAAGUGCAAAGCUGAUUUGACAGGAGUAAAUCAAUCAUUUAAUUUUUCCAAAGUUCAAACCAUGUGCAAGGCAGCUUACAACAUAUAAAAAAUUACAUAACCACCAACAUAACAAAACUAGUCAUAAACAGUAAACAAAACGUCAAAAAAUAUAAACUGGAAAAUUUCCACAUAAAUCAUAAGAUCCAAAAUAAAGAUGUAAAAAAUUAACAUCAACAAUGUUAUAAAUGUGAGGGUAUGUGGUAUAGAGGCAGAAGGAAGUUAAUGUCCAGCUUUUUCCAAGCAAACGCCACUAGCAGACCUAGCAAAGGACAGACAAGUGAUUCUUUAACAUUACACGGCAUUCUACCCUAUUUCAUUUAUGAACUGCCCUCCAUUGCAUAGCAAUCCCAGAGUAGUUUCCAGUAAAAUGGUUACAACACAAUACAAUCAGUACAUCAGAAUACUAUUAAGGGGCUAUCCAGGAUUUUACCAGGGCUAUCCCAGUGCUUUGGGGAAGGGAUGAUGAAGCAAAGUGAAUGUUCCACCAGUGCAAGGAUUUCUGCUUGAGCCAAAGAACGUUCUCCCCAUCCAUGCCCCCUAAAUUGGUUUGAAGUGAGACCCCUAACACUUUAGGGGAGCAGAUUUGGGGAGGGUGUGGGGCACGCAGAGGAAAGAUGGGGAAAGUAAAUCUGGGCACUGAUGGGACCUAUGGAUAGAAUACAGCCCAUAGCUUGACAACAUACUAUGCCCUCUCUUUGUGUGUGAUUGCUCACAUGAGGAAAAAGUUCUCUUCACAUUUGAGUGAAAUUGGUGUUGAGAGCACACCAAUGAAUAAUCCAAUAUUGAGAAAAUUUGCUUUUAAUGUGGGAAUGUCUAAAAUCCCAUCCAGAUGCCACCAAGAUCCUGAACGAUGGAGCCAAAAUACUCCUUGCCUGUUUUCUUUCUGGAUCUGGCCACUCCCUGCUCUUUGAAGGGCCCUGUUUGCCUUGCCUUGGUGGCUCCUUGCCCUGGCUUGUGGAAAAUGGUCCACAGAGUCUGUUUGAUCUGGUUUCGCCAUUUUACCUGCUGACACUGAAGCAUAUGAAGAGGAGCAGGUGUCUUCCAUAGGGCCGGCUGGGAGGGCAGCUACACACAGCACAUUGCACCGAGGCCCAGAAAAACAAGGCUCUUCUGGAGAGACAUUUUCUGUCUGGAAAUUCACUUUUGGGAGAAUAUGUUUUUGCGUGGAACCGCUCCGCUUCACAGAGAUGGCUGAGCUGACUGGUGGCUGCCCAAGGAAAACUUCCUUUUGAGCUAUUUAAAAAGAGCAGGUGAAUUACCACACCAUUUUUAAAAAUAAGAAUAAAGUAUUGCAGUGAGUACAUCUUGUAUCUUAAGAUCUCAUCUUUUUUUUUACAUAAGUGACAAUAUAAUAACUCUGUAAUUCAACUGGUAAGCAUCAUUUCAAUAACUCAACUAGAGCCAAGCUUUCUCUUGGUUUAAUAAUUGUCACUUUUUCCAUUUUCAACAACCUGCCAGUUUUUAAGCAUCGAUUCUUUUUUGUCUGUUUAAAUACGUUACGCUAAUGCACAUUAAGUUCAUUCUCUGUGCAUACGGUGAACAGACCAUAGCUCAAUGCAGAGCACAUGCUUUGAGUGCAAAAGGCCUCAGGUUCAACCCCUGACACCCACGGUUUGUUUGCAUUUUCAAAGGAUCACAAAGUACCGUAUUUUUUGCUCUAUAAGACUCACUUUUUCCCUCCUAAAAAGUAAGGGGAAAUGUGUGUGCGUCUUAUGGAGUGAAUGCACACUGUGCAGCUAUCCCAGAAGCCAGAACAGCAAGAGGGAUCGCUGCUUUCACUGCGCAGCGAUCCCUCUUGCUGUUCUGGCCUCUGAGACUCAGAAUAUUUUUUUUCUUGUUUUCCUCCUCCAAAAACUAGGUGCGUCUUGUGGUCUGGUGCGUCUUAUAGAGCGAAAAAUACGGUAGUUGUCAUGAAAGACCUCUGAGACCCCAGAGAUCUGCUCCUAGUCAGAGAAGAAUAUAAGAAUACACUGGACAAUAGAUGAGCAGAUAAUCUCAUCUUCGUGCAUACCAAGUCAUAGGUUUGCCCAUUCCAAAUUACGUCAUGGGCAACUAGUCACUCUUAAUAACUGAUGGCCCUGGAUAUGACUAUUGGUUGGUUAAUUGGUUGGAAUGUUCCCUAGUGUUUCUUGGUUUGUUUUCUUUUUGUUUACCUAGGUAUUUGGAGAUUUUAAGUUUGGCCUCACUGUAGUUUUGCUUGUUUCAAUCAUGUAAGAAUUGUUAAAUGUGUUGUUUCUUGGAUCUGUUGCUAUGAUUUUGUUAUUUUUGCAUAUUGCAUUUUCACAGUUCAUCUUUAUUACUUUGUUCCCCAUUCUGGGAAAAUAUUCCAUUGUGGCUCACCAGAUGUUACUGAACUCCCAUCAUCCCUGACCAUUGGCCAUGCUAGAUGGGAUGAUGGGAGUUGGAGUCCAACAACAUUUGAAAGGCCACAAAUUCCCUAUCUCCAUUUGUGUCAUAUAUUGCAGGAUCGGGUGCAAGCUGCAGUUUUUACCUCUGCUGCACUGGCAGUGGAGUAAAACCAUAUAUGAUUUUUAGUUUUCUUUCUCAAAGUCUUUGCUUCCUCUCUUGUAGUUUUCUCAGGACCAUUUUUUCUCUCUCCCUUAUUUCUUCCUUCUACGAGUUUGGUACGCCACAGAAAUGCUGAUCCAAGCCAAUGGGUUCCUGCCACCUGUAGUCACUUUCAUAAGCAGCCAAUGAAAAUAAACCUUCUGUGACAGAGCCGUAGACUCGACAGAACGCCAAGGAAUACAUGCAUGGUUUUUGACCCCUUGUUUCAUUACAAUAACACAGGACACACAACUACUUUCUUGUUGAUUGCUAGGCUUCUUCCGUAGCUACCGAGCCAUGGGAGAAGGAAUAUGAAAGUUGCCGUGUUUCCUAUAAAUAUUGGCAUAUUCAUUGGUUUCUGGGUCUGGACAGGAUGACGAAGAAGAAUGAGAAAGGGUACUGUCAGUUACUGAAUAACACCCUGCACUGAACUCGUUGAAAUAACUUGACUGGGGCAACUGCUCUGCUUAGCUGCUCUGUGCCAAAUGCCCCCAUAUGUUAUGUGUGGCCAAUUUCAGACUUAAAUGGCAACCACUGUAUUUCUGCUGCAAGUGUAUGCACAGUAAACUUGCUCACUUCAGUAAGAUUUAAGCAGCAUCACUGUGCCAGGAUUGUAGUCACAGCCAAGUUUCAAGGCACCAUGUUCUGUUGUUUUUUGCCACAAGCAACCUACCACAUAUAACUGAGAUGAUUAAACAAACCUUGUAUGUCUCAGUCUGUAUAGUAUUACAGUGACGUCAUUGGACAGACAUAUUUUGUCCAUCCAGUGAAGUGUUAUUGUUAGAGAGGGAAGAGAAUUUUGUUUGGUCCACAAGGCAUUUUUUUAAAAGAAGGCUUCUCCUGACAUGUAAUGCAAUCAUAUAAGGAAUAUCAAUUUUAUUUAUGAUGAAAUUGUUUUGCUGGUUUUGGAACUUGUAGGGAUGGUUUUCUUGUGUUUCAGGGUGUGUUGAAUUGUUUUUAUUGUUUUCAGAGCUUGUGUUUUUCUGUUUUAUUAUGUUUUUUGAUUGUACACUGCAUUGAUGGCUUUAUGCUGUAAAGUGGGCUCUAAAUUUGUUUAAUAAUAAGAAGCAAACUGAUCUAAUAUGCAGUUCCUGGACUAAUAUAUACACUGAUCAGAAUGUAAUUAUCCUUAAUAUACCACGUAAUGACCAGAAGCCACUUGGGCAUUAAGUAGCAAAUACAUACAUCUCCAAAUUUUGCAAUAGAGCUCAUGGCUCAAAACAAACAAACAAACUUAGCAAAAUACAUAACAAAUGUGAGUUUAUCGGGAAGACAUUUAGCAGUGAGUGCAUUGAGAUAACCUAUGAUAACAUGUGUAUUUAAAAGCAAAUUUAAGAAUUACUUUUAAAACGCUAUAGAUUUCUGCAGAAACAGUAUGAAAUGGACUAUAAAAUGAAACAUACAAAAUUGGCACUGACAAGUCCAUUUCAUACAUCCCUAGUUAUUGAAAUAUACAUUUUAUUUUUAGAUUUCACUUUAGACAUUGAAAAUUGGCCCCAAAACUCCCUUGUUAUGACUGUGCCAUCCGUCUUAUGCUCAACACAAGCUUAUGCAGGACUAGUGUAGGUUUUCAUGGUAAGAAUGGUGCUUUGAAAUCACAGCAUUUUCCCUUCAAUGAAACCCACUGUUUCCAGAUCAGGGGCCUGCAAAGCUUUCCCUCUCUGUAAUUCUCCUGGGUACCAUGUUUUUCUGAGUAAUAAACUGCAGGCUUCCCACUACAAAACCAAAUUUCAACAAACCAACUUCUGGCAUUCAGGUUUUUUCCUGAAUAGCAGGAACCACAUGAAAGCUGUAAGCUUUUCUGUCCUCACAGAAGGUGACUGCAUUAUCAGGCGCUGCCAGUGAGUAAUUCCAGGUUGCUUUGUGAGCUCCAGUGUAAGUGAAUUUUAAAAAGAAAAGAAAUGGAGAGAGAGAAAUUGUGAUCCUGUAUACACUUAGCUUAGAGCCAGGCCAAUUGAUAUCGGGGGGGACUUAAUUCUGGAUACACAUGCAAAGGAUUCUGCUGCAAAUCAUUUCCAAAUUCAGAAUGAGCUUUCAGUGUGCUCCAUGUUGCCUCUGAAUUCUGAAACAUCCAAAUGUAUUUAGUUUUAUGUAUGCACCCUAUGCACCAGCGUCUGACCAUAAAUAUGCAUCUAUUAAUACAGAGCGAAACUUGUCCACUGUAUUUUUACAAGUGUUGCGGUGAUGGCAUCAUUCGCUGGAGGGCAUAAGGAAAUAAGUAGAGGACUCGUGAGCAGUUAUUUCUUUUUGAAAAAAGAACAAAGUGUGUAAUAGUCGUUCAUACCUACAUUUUCAUAGCAGACUUGUUCUUUCAGAAGAUACCUGGAGAUUUUCUACUACAGCAUUCAUGAGACAAAUGGGAAGCAGUUUUGGGGGGAUUUUUUGUUGCAAUCCCUGUAUGUUUACCUGAGUGUUAAGUCCUGUUGAACUCCGUGGGAUUUAUUUCCACAUAUAAGUGCACAAGAUUGCACUUUUACACUGCAGAUCUUUGUAUAUUUGCCUUGGUUAACAUAGUGGGUGCCACUUCUUUGGGUUCCCAUGAUUUCAAGUCAUGGGUUUGAAAGGGUUGGUUUUUUCGUCCUGCUGCUUUUCCCCGGGGAAACCUGCUGUUUACCUCUUUAGGUUUUCUGCAGAUUGACGUCCGUUCUGAUCCAGCAGUAAAUGUCCAUUCUGAUCCAGCAGAGAGCCAGUGUGGUGUAGUGGUUAAGAGCAAUGGACUCGUAAUCUGGUGAACCGGGUUCGCUUCCCCGCUCCUCCACAUGCAGCUGCUGGGUGACCUUGGGCCAGUCACACUUCUCUGAAGUCUCUCAGCCCCACUCACCUCACAGAGUGUUUGUUGUGGGGGAGGAAGAGAAAGGAGAAUGUUAGCCGCUUUGAGACUCCUUAAAGGGAGUGAAAGGCGGGAUAUCAAAUCCAAACUCUUCUUCUCUUCUUCUUCUUCUUCUAAACCGUUGGCUUUCCCAGGGAAAUUAGCAGGGCAAAUGAAGAACCUCUCAGACUUGUGCCUAGAACCCAUGGGACAAGCAGUAUAAAACAUUGACCACACAGACGUGUGGAUGAACCCUCAGUAAGCCUCCAUAGAAUUGCACUGCUAGAUUCCGGUUUGGUCUUCAUAAUUCACCAUGACAUGGAAGGGAAUUUGUGGCCAUCCAGAGGUUGACUCAAGCUCCCAUCAUCCCUGACCAUUGACCAUGCUGGCUGGGGCUGAUGGGAAUUGGAGUCUAGCGGCAUCUAAAAGAUCACAUUUUCCCCUUCUCAUGCUUUGAGAAGCCACAAAAAAGAGGGGGCACCAAGUAAACCAGAAGUCUAAUUGAUUUGUCUAAAAGUAUGAAUAGUCCCUUGGAAUCCCUGUUCAACUGAAACUAUACAGUCCUUAUAUACAGUGAAAUAUAUUGUGGGGUAGAGAUUGGUUAAAAAUAAAAAGUGUUCAUCGCAGUCAAUAUGGACUGGGCUGCACAGACAUUUGGCAGGCCUUUUUCCUUUGUGAACAAAGGUACAGUCUGUACAACUUGAUUAAGUUUUAGCUUGCUCAAAAGUGUUUCCUACAGGGUACUGGAAAGCAGAAAGUCAUCACUGAAAGCAUUUCUGAUAGUUUCUCAGAGCUUUGAAUGUUUGCUUUAACAUUGUUUUUCCCCUUAAAAAUCCAUAGGUGGUUUUUCAAUGGGAGGAGGCAUGGCGAUGCAGUUAGCCUAUAGGUACCACCAAGAUGUAGCUGGAGUGUUUGCUCUUUCAAGCUUCCUCAGCAAGACCUCUGCUGUUUACCAGGUGGGUACCGAACUCUUUGCUAACUGUUUGUCCCAUUGUGGCCAUUUAAAAUCUCAAAAGGUUGUGCCAGAGUGUAAACCACCCCACCCCCCAAUUAAGUGGCAGGGAACCUGUACACUCCCUUUUCAAUAUCUUUUAGUUUAGCAAAGAUAAUGAUUACUCAUUAGUCUCAGCUUUAAAGCUAAGAUCUCUGAUACACUUUACUAAUCACAGUAAACAAUGACGGGCUUAGAUGGACCAAUGGUCUGAAAGUAGAAAGCAGUGGGCAAUUGCUUAUUGAUCUUUCUGCAGUUCCUUACACUUGCUGGAUAUUCCAUGCACUCACUAAUCUAGGUGGAUCACUGGGUAUCCACUGUAAAAUAUCUCCCUUCUCUUCUCUAUUAUGGUAGCAACACAGAUGUCUCCUUUGCUAACAGGCGCUGAAGAAAAUUGAAAGGGAACCACCAGAGUUAUUUCAGUGCCAUGGAACUGCUGAUGAACUGGUUCUGUAUUCGUGGGGUGAAGAAACCAACAAGAUGUUGAAAUCCCUGGGAGUAGCGACUACGUUUCUGAGCUUGCCAAACCUUUAUCAUGAACUAAACAAAAGUGAGCUGGACAAACUGCAAGCUUGGAUUUUGAAGAAAUUGCCAGAGUAACCAUGAACAAUAAAUGAAAGUAUAUAUAGAAAAGAAAUGCCAUGGAAUUUUCUGUGCUCUGUGGCUUUCAACCAUGUAAUAUGAUUAUUUCCUAUUAAUAGACAUAAUUCAUUUUUUUCACAGAUAUUCAAAUGAAAAUAUUAAAAACUCACAGAAAAGUAAGUUGCCAUAAAUUUCUUGAGUUUUAUCUGUUUAAUUUCCCAGGUCUUGGUUGUGCCUACGAUUUGUAUAUUUAUUAAAAAGGAUGAAAUAGAAUUAUCAACCACUAGCAGGAUCUCAUCUCAAUAUGACGGGUAGCCUGCAAAGUCCAGAAACUUGACUUGGUGGCUCUGUGGUCUAAACCACUAAGCUUCUUGGGCUUGCCAAUCAGAAGGUCGGCAGUUCGAAUCCCUGUGACGGGGUGAGCUCCUGUUGCUCUGUCCCAGCUCCUGCCAAUCUAGCAAUUCGAAAGCACACUAGUGGAAGUAGAUAAAUAGGUACCACUGCAGCAGGAAGGUGAACGGCAUUUCCGUGUGCACGUUGUGGUUCCGUUGUGCCAGAAGAGGAUUAGUCAUGAUGACCAUAUGACCUGGAAAACUGUCUGUGGACAAAUGCUGGCUCCCUCGGCCUGAAAGCGAGAUGAGCGCUGCACCCUAUAGUCGCCUGUGACUGGACUUAACUGUCCAGGGGUCCUUUACCUUACCUUUAUCUUACUGUAUCUAUGAAUUGAUUUUAUUACUAAUGGUAAUAGACGAUUAUGUCUCAGGCAAAUAAUUAUUUAACAGAACACACAAACACAAUGCAAACAGAUCUUCAAGCUCACUUUAAAAGCAGUUUGCCAUGGAGCAUUGGGCAGGUAUUGAACAAGCUUUUUGGAGUAUUAAAAUAGUUUUGAUCAUGACCUAAAUCUCCCAGGUUGCAAUCCUAUGCAAAGCAGUUGGGCUUUGUUCUGUGCAUAGAUUUGCAGAGGAUUGCAUUCUGCCAAAAUGGACUUAUGAAAUCCAUUGAUCCUGAAGCUUGCUGAAAUUGUUUUCUAAAUAUGUUGUAUGCUUUUUCUCCAUGAACUGAAGCUGAAAGAGAGGGAGCCACUUUCAUACAGCUUUUCAGUGAUCACUUCAGAACCUAGCAAAAGUUCAUUCAGAAGCACAAUAAAUAAUUAGUCAAUGUCCUUUACUGUUUAAAAGUAACUUUUUUUUUCUAGGGGCCUUUUUUAAACCAAUAUAUCAUGUAGCCUCUCAUUUCGGUCUUUAAGAGUUGAAGGCCGUUUGGCAAAUCUAAAUGAAACAAAUGAGUGGGCUUAAGCCGUCCGUUUCAUGAUACCUUCUGGAGCUGCCACUUACGUUGGCAAGGUACAUAAUUCAGCAAGCAAAUGAAAACAGCUUCAAAUUAGGCUUGAAUUCUCCUGGGUUCUGUAAAGGUUUUCUGUUCUGCUUGGAAACAAAGUUUGGUGGUAGUUGGUUUUUUUUCUUUAAAAAAAAAAAUCUUCCACCAUUAUAGAUUGUUUUUAAAAGAGGGCUGCAAUUCAUGAAUAGAUUAGUGCUUUGAACAGCAAUGCUUCCUAACUAAUUGACUUGUGGCUGCAGACAGCUGGAGCCAGAGAACAAUUACAGGCAAGACUGAAACCAGCUGAUCAAGCCUAAAAUUAUUGGUAACAAAACUGGAAUGCCCAAGAGGUUGUGGAGUUAAAUUAGUCUCCCCUAUUAAACCAUCUGACAGUCAAGUGGUUUUAAAAGAAAGAACGGAAAUAGACCUUGGAUCCUUUAAUAACUUCAUUCAGGGAAGGAAAAGGAUGGGGGGAGAGCUGGAUUUGUGGAUUGAAGCGAGAGAUGUAUGAAAAAGACUGGAUGUGCUUGAGCUAAUUAAUUUAUUAAAGUGGGGUGGGGUGGGGGGUUUCUAUCAGUUUGAACCACCCUGCAAGAGAUGCAGUUAAAACAAACAACAUCAAGUCAGUAUUUAUUUAGUAUAUUUCUAACUUGUCCUUCAUGGUUAAGAUUACAGGGUAGGCUAUGAUGCAAAUUACAACUGCAAAGGUGUUUAGACACUACAGUGGUACCUCAGGUUACAUACACUUCAGGUUACAUACGCUUCAGGUUAAAGACUCUGCUAACCCAGAAAUAGUACCUCGGGUUAAGAACUUUGCUUCAGAAUGAGAACAGAAAUCGUGCUCCGGUGGUGCAGCGGCAGCAGGAGGCCCCAUUAGCCAAAGUGGUGCUUCAGGUUAAGAACAGACCUCCAGAAUGAAUUAAGUACUUAACCUGAGGUACCACUGUACAAUGAAUCAGCCAUAAACUGAUUUACAAAAAGAUCAAAAGAAGAGUGUGAACUUUAACAUUACAAAAUUCAUGAAGACCCUGUGAACUGCCAACGUGGGUGACUUACUCCCUUGUAUUUAUUGAUUUACCUCUUAUUUAUUAAUUUACCAAGCACCAGCUAAGGAGGCCAGCCUCUGGGAAGCCUGCAGACCAGCCACAAAGGCAACAGCCCACUCCCCUAUCCUUGCCAGCAACUGGUGUUAGCAUGCAGUCUGUGAAUCCACAGGUCCCAUAAAGCCUAGCCACCAUGACUGUUAGUCAUUAUCCUCCGUGAAUUUCUCUAAUCCCCUUUUAAGCUAAUGGUUACCAUCAUAUCUUGUAGCAGUGAAUUCUAUGCAUUAAUAUGUUAUGUAGAGAAAGAGCUGUGGAAGAAGAGAUGUGAGGAAAAGGAAGGCAGAAGAGGGGAUGGAGUGUCUCUGCGUUUCUGUCUUUCUGUAAACAAAGUGGCACUCUCCACGGACAAUAGGGUUGCCAUAUUUCAAAAAGUGAAAAUCCAGAUAGUUGGUCAUGCUAGGGAAUGUAUUCAGAAGGGACUCAGUAACGGUGUCCUAUAAGCCAGGUAAUGAAAUUCCUGCUAAUGUAUUGUCCAAGAUUGUAUCAAGGGAUCAACACUGUACCUAUGUGCAGAAGUUGGGUUUGUACUGAUACUGUACGAACACGCUGCCCAGUGAUGUUCACAGAAAGGGGGAGGAUGUUGGUUUCUGAUUUCCCUCACUGAGCAGCAACUGCAGUCACAAGACAUUGUUUUACAUUCCACAGUCUGUACUGUUGGAGUUUCUCACGGGAAAGGGAGACUGGAUGUGACGUACACUGGUUUCCUGUUUUUCUCUGUGUGAGUCUCUCCAAGCUGUCGAGGAGAGAGGAUGCAUUUUUCUGCUCCUGCAGAGGCAAGAUGUCUUUCUGUAAUAUACCAGCUUUGAACUGUAAAUAAAGCAAUUUAGAGUAUGUAGCACGUAUUACUCAUCCUUCCGCUGGGCACGACAGGCUCUGCUUUAAAUCAACAGUUUAGCACUUUUUUUGGCAAAGUUGUUGGGCUUUUUUGGCAAAAUCUCAAUAAAAUAAAAUGAGUUUUUGAGCUAUUUUUAUUUUAUUUGACCUCUUCCAACAUGGGCUACUAUACGUCCGGAUUUUCCCAGACGUUUCUGCCAUUUCCACCCUGAAGUAUCCAUGAAAAUCCUUACAUAUGGCAACCCUAAAUUGUACAAUAGAGAGGAAUUGGCAGGCUAAGCUCCAGGACUUGCAGGGCAAAACAUCUGGGGGAUUGGGGGGGGAAGGGGGGACCUAUAGAGUUAAAACCAGGGCUUUUUUUCAGCUGGAACUUAGAAGAACUCAGUUCUGGCACCUCUCAGGUGGGGAACCAUUGCCAUUCUAAGAGAACGAGGAAGGUGUUCAUGGUGAGUUUCUAGAAAAAUAGCACUGGUUAAAACCCUCCAAAAUAGCUCCAUGGGCCUGGAACACUGGCUGAAGGAAAGCAGAGGAUGUUAGGAUAUUUCCGUUCCACCUUAAAAGGGAGCAGGCUUUGUGAGUCAGAGUCUGCGCAUGUCCUGUUCACAGGAUGUUUAUGUUUGCUACUGCUUUCGUUUCUCUCUCUAUGUCGGAGACACUGACGCAGGCAGUCAUGUCUUUCUUUGUUCUGAUCAACGCUGAAUAAAACUUGUAAAUAAUGCUCUCCUGAGUGCGACUUUUGCUGUGACUAUCUGCUGAUAGAGUGUGCAUGAGCUCUGGAAUGUGGCAAGAUAUUUUCUAGAAACUCAUGUCACUAAUUGCUGAUACUGCGUGCCUACGGGAGAUCGAUGGAUCGCCCGGCAGACGGCUUGGGGCCAUGAUGGACUUUGUCUCCCUGGCAGUAUCCCAACAGAGGACAGGGUUUUUUGUUACUUAUUUUUACAUAAUAUAUCUCACCUUUUCCUCGAAGGAGCUUAAGGUGGCAUGCACAGUUCUCCUGCUUCUCCAUUUCACCCUCAUAACAACCUGGGGAGGUUGGUAAGGCUGAGAGGCAAUGACUGGCCCAAGGUCACCCAGGGAACUUCAUGGCCAAGUGGGGAUUUCACCCCUGGUCUCCCAGGUCUUAGUCCAGCAUCCCAGCAUCACACUGUCUCUCUUAACUCACUCCUCACCCCUACACCCCACUGGGAUUGGGGUUGGAAUGGAGAUUCCUGGAACAGGGCAUAGCUGGCAGCUCAAAACACUGAGCAGCCCCCUCUUGUGCCCCAUUAGCUAGCCAAAUGUUGUUUGUCUUGGUCUAGUUUUUGAACUUAUUUCAACCAAAGCAGGAUGGUACGAUGGGUUCACCACGUAGGGAUUUUUUUUAAACAAGGUACUCUGUUUGUGUUACAUAACUGAGUGUUGACUUACCUUCAGAAGUCGGAGCCGUGUUGAUGAUACAACGAUGAUAUCAGAAUUAUUCCAAAGGCCAAAACACAUUUGUGCUGACAAAAAGUGAAAAAGAAAAGAUGAUAGGCAAACCUUCUGUAAAUGCCUCAUGAAAUCAUCCUUGGCUCUUUCUCGGUUCAUUUUUUCUUUUUUUAAAGAAAGAAGAAAGUGGAUGCUUCUGUAAGCAAAAUAUGAAAGCUUCUAAAGGGCUGGCUGGGCUGCCUUGAGAAUGGCAAGCUUUUCCUUGCUGUGAAAACAAAUGUUCUGAAAGUGUCUUUGAUUAAUGCCAGACUAUUGCCAUCUCUAAUCUUCUUCAUAUGGUAGGGAAGAACUUGUGAUCUUGUCGUCAGGGCUACAUUACCGCAUUUGUUAUGAUCGCUGUAGGUAAUUCAUAAAUGGCUCUUGCUUUUCAUAUUGAAAACUCAUUUUUCAGGUUGUUCGUUCAAAUUAUGAAGUAAUAAGUCAACCUAAUCAAACCAUUACACAGGAAGAUGCAGGGCAAAAGACAGCAGAAUCUGCCCAGCUGGCUUAACUGAGAUUGCAUCUUUCACCGCUGACUUCAGGCAUAUUUUCCAUUGCCUGCCCACUCUGGAAAACAGAGAGCAUCUCAGAACCUCUGACAUCACUUUAUGGAUUUUGCAAAAAUGCACAUUUCCCAAUCUCCUUUCACAGUUUGCGCAUGCAGGAUAAGUAGAUGCAAAUAGGCACAUUCAUGCAUGCGCACAGUCUCAACCAUUCCAUCAAAAAAAACUGGGAUAAAUUGUUGCAUUCUAUGUUCUUCACAUAUCUAAUUGUGAUAUUUCUCAUCCCCAGCAGAACAGAUACAAGGGAGGAUCUUCUUGGCCAGCGCCACAAUGGGAAGAAUAUUAAAGCACCUCUUUCACUCACAAUAGUGUUGUAUUUUAAAAGUGAGGUAUAUUGAGUUAAAUUUCAAAUGGGAACCAGUGUUUCAGAGAAGCCCCUGAUGGCCUGCUUGUGUAAAAUGGGUGGCUCGGAUUACAGAACAUCUACAGAAAGACUCUGUUGCUGCUGCAGGAACUUGCUGCUGAUCUGCCAUCUCAUAAUAAAAAUGGACUGAGCAAGUGUACCACAGUGGCUGAUAUAGUGCAUAGAAGUAGGCACUUCCCAGCUAUAAUAAAAAAGGUCUGUUUGUCCACUAGCCUCUCCCAGCAAUGAGCACAUUCAAUCCGUAGGAGAGUGAGAUUCUAGGAUUCUAUCCCUGCUUGGACAAUUAAGGUAUCGUAGGCAUACCCUAGGAAAGUUCAACCUGAAAGCAGUGGUUUAAAAUGUUGGCUAAGAACUGGGAAGACUUAAGUUUCAAAUCUCCACUCAUUCAUGAAAUGUCCUGGG